GCUCACAACGUAAGCUGCCAAUACACGACAGUUUUUUGAUAGUAGCGUUUGUUUUAUUAACAAUCACGUACCUAUGUUUUGACAGUGUGUAGUUAUCUCUUCAAAAGGCAUUAGGGAACUGAAAGUUGUAGAUGGUGUACUUCUAGUUGUCAAUGUGUUUUUAUUGGUUUAAGUAAUUAAAAGGAUGGCUCUCAAGGGAUGGAGACGCGUACUGAACAGGGUGAUAUACAUACCGCAGCGUUAUGUGCUGGGCAUCAUGGGGCUGUUGGCCCUGGCCAACUCCUUCACUAUGAGGGUCUCUCUCUCCAUGACCAUCACGCAGAUGGUCCUCCACACGGAGUCCUCGGAACACAUCGUGGGGGAAACGUGUCCAGACCCUGAAGUCGAUGUGAUAACUAUUGUGACUAAUGAGACUAUUGUUGUCAGUACGCCCCGCGAACGCUACGACUGGGACGAAGCAACCCAAGGCUUGCUUCUCAGUGCGUUCUACUACGGCUACGUCAUAACCCACUUACCUGGUGGACUGUUGGCAGAGAAGUUCGGAGGCAAAUGGACUAUUGGCUUCGGCCUGUUAUCCACGUCCAUUGGCAUGGUGUUGACGCCAUGGGCCGUUUCGGUAGGAGGCGCAGUGGGCCUAUUCAUUAUACGUGUCAUCGAAGGUUUUGGAGAGGGUCCAGUUACCCCCUCCUUCGUACUAUUACUGGCAAGAUGGAUCCCACCAGCGGAAAGAUCGACGUUUGGUGCCAUGAUAUUUGGCGGUGCACAAAUCGGGAACGUGAUUGGCCCAUACAUCUCUGGUCUUAUUCUGGCAAACACCGGAGAUUGGGCUUAUGUCUUCUACUUCUUUGGAUUUUUGGGAAUUUUGUGGUUUAUUUUUUGGGUAUUGCUCUGCUACAGCACACCUAACGAGCAUCCAUUCAUAUCGGAUGAAGAGCGGGAUUUCUUGAACAAGAACGUGACUGCGUCUGGUCUCCACAAGAAACUCGAUCCAGUGCCUUUCAAAGCCAUCUUGAGAUCUACCCCGCUGUGGGUCUUAGUUUUGGCAGCCGUCGGCCAUGACUGGGGCUACUUCACAAUGAUCACUGACCUCCCCAAGUACUUCUCCGACGUACUGAAGUUCAACAUCAAGCAGACCGGCCUCAUGUCGGCUCUACCAUACGUGGCCAUGUACAUUUUCUCGUUUAUUUUCGCAUUCACGUGCGACUAUUGUAUAAAAAAGAGAUGGCACAAUAUUACGACGGGAAGGAAGAUUUACACCACCCUAUCAUCUUCCAUACCGGCACUGUUCACCAUUCUGGCGUCAUACUCCGGCUGCGAUCGCACGGCAGCUGUCGGCCUCUUCAUAGCCUGCAUGGCCUUCUAUGGUGGUUUCUAUAGCAGUGUCAAGAUCAACGCCAUGGACAUCGCGCCGAACUACGCCGGCACAUGUUCGGCGUUCUCCAACGGGAUCGCAGCUAUUGCUGGGAUUAUCACGCCGUAUUUGGUUGGAUUGUUGACUCCUGAUCAAACAAUCGGACAAUGGCGUAUCGCAUUCUGGACAGUAUUCGCUGUACUCAUAGGGACGAAUAUUCUGUACGUCAUUUGGGGUUCAGGAGAACAGCAGUGGUGGGAUGACGUCGACAAAUUGGGAUACCCACCAAACUGGAAGCAUGGACCGUUGAAGAAAAGAAACCCUGACGUGGAGAUAGAGAAGAAAGUAGUUCACCCAAAGCACGACCACUCGCCAGUGUUGAGUUAAAUGUAAUGUGUUUUAUUAUAAUUUGGUAACAAGUGCCUGCCUUCUUUUGUCAGACAAAUGUUAUUAAAUGUUACAUAUCACAUGGAUUGUAGGCGUGGAUAAAUUAAGUUUUACAUAAGUAUUUGCAGUCAUCUUUAAAACCAGGUGAACCACCAAACUGUAUUGAAAGUCCAGUUAUCAGUCUAAGGUCGAGUUGCACCAUCUUACUUAAACUUUGACAAACGUCAAAAAUCUGUCAAACUCCAUACAAAAAGCACCGGUUAUCGUUAUAUUUACGGUAAAAGUCAGGUGGUGCAACUCAGCCUUAGACUCGGUUUGGUUAGUCAUGUAUCAAAAUCUAAUUGAAGUUAUCGGAAUUUUAGAUGAAUUAUUAUGCUUGUAUGUAGCUUUUUUACUGAUAUAUACUGCUGCUGCCUUUCCCAAAGACUAUAAUCCGGACCUUUUCAAGGUGAGAGUGAAUAGGCACUUGCA